GUCCCCGCCCCGCUUUGCCUCCGCCCCUCCAGGAGCCGCUUCCCCUCCCCCAACCUCAGGGUCCGCCCCGGGGCGGUGGAGGGGCCGUAACAUGGGGGCCUGCCUGGGGGUCUGCUCGUUGCUCAGCUGCGUGUCCUGCCUGUGUGGAUCAGCACCAUGCCUGCUCUGCGGCUGCUGCCCCUCAACCAAGAACUCCACCAUCUCCCGUCUGCUCUUCACCUUCUUCCUCUUCCUUGGUACGCUCGUCUCCAUCAUCAUGAUCAUCCCUGGUGUGGAGAAGGAGCUGCACAAGCUCCCAGGUUUCUGCAGGGGCAGCGACUCAGUGCUGGGGGUCCAAGCUAAUGUUGACUGCAGUGGUUUCCUGGGCCAUAAGGCCGUGUACCGCAUGGGCUUUGCCACAGCUGCCUUCUUCUUCCUCUUUGCUGUGCUGAUGGUGUGUGUGCGCAGCAGCAAGGACCCACGAGCUGCCAUCCAGAAUGGCUUCUGGUUCUUCAAGUUCCUGCUGCUGGUGGGGCUCACAGUGGGAGCCUUCUACAUCCCUGAUGGCUCCUUCACAACAGUUUGGUUUUACUUUGGCGUGGUUGGCUCCUUCCUCUUCAUCCUCAUCCAGCUCAUCCUCCUCAUUGACUUCGCCCACUCCUGGAACAAGCUGUGGUUGCACUAUGCAGAAGAGAGCAAUGCCAAGGGCUGGUAUGCAGCCCUUUGCACUGUCACCUUCAUCUUCUACGCCGCCUCCAUCGCGGCCAUCGCUUUGCUCUAUGUCUACUACACCAAACCCCAGGGCUGCACGGAGGGCAAAGUCCUCAUCAGCAUCAACCUCAUCCUCUGCCUCAUCGUCUCAGCCAUAUCCAUCCUGCCCAAAAUCCAGGAAGCCCAGCCACACUCGGGGCUGCUGCAGGCAUCUCUCAUCACCCUUUACACCAUCUUCAUCACUUGGUCUGCCCUGGCAAAUGUCCCCACCCAGGAGUGUAACCCCACACUGCUGCUGAGAAACAGCACCGGCUCAGCUGCAGCCCCACAAAUGCUGACAACAUGGUGGGAUGCACCGAGCAUCGUGGGGCUGGUGGUCUUCAUCCUCUGCACGCUCUUCAUCAGCAUCCGCUCCUCAGACCAUACCCAGGUCAAUAAGCUGAUGCUGACAGAGGAGAGUGGAGCUGGAGCUGGGACUGAGGCAACAGCAGAGAGUGGGGUACACCGUGCCUAUGACAACGAGCAGGAGGGCGUCACCUACAGCUACAGCUUCUUCCACCUCUGCCUCCUCCUUGCUGCCCUCUACAUCAUGAUGACCCUCACCAACUGGUACAGGCCUGAUGACAGCCUGCAGGUUCUGCACAGCCCCUGGACGGCCGUGUGGGUGAAGAUCAGCUCCAGCUGGGCCGGGCUGCUGCUCUACUUGUGGACAUUGGUGGCCCCCCUGGUGCUGACAGAGCGGGAUUUCAGCUGAGCACUGCUUCAAGGUCCCCUCUUUGCCCAGUGCCUUAUACCUAGACUUGAGUUUUGCACGUGGGUUUGUGCCUUCUUGCACGUUUUCCAUUAUAAUUUAAAAGGGAUAAAGUGCCAAGCAGGGACAAUCAGCGAGAGAGCUGAGAAUGACUUGAUAAUGGCUGUGAAGCUCUUCUGCCCUCUGUGCUUGUCUAGUGCCUUCAGCAGCACCUCCAGCUCCUCAUCUUUCAGUGUUUGGAGGGGGGUUGCACAGGUUCCUGCCUGGCUUGGUGCCCUGGGACUGUGGUACCUUUUGGGUGGUGACAAGGAACCAGAACCUGGCAUGUCCCCAAGGAGCCCUGAGGGCAGCUAUGCUGGGGGCUGAGUGUUGCUUGUGCCCCCCGAGCUUUGGUGGCUGGGUGGCUCCUGCAGGGCUCCUCCUGCCUCCUGAAUAAAGUUCUGUUUGGAAAAAAGCCCAGA